CUGCACGAUAUUCUGUGCGCCUGUUUAAUCUACAUUGCAAAGGGAAAAGUUUGAAGUUAAUUGAAAUAUUCAAUGGGAUUUGCUGUUUAACAGGAAAUUAUCCAUAUUUUUCUUUGUUGGGGUGUAGUUUAACGUUAACUAGUUGAAGGUACCCCGAAUUAUCAUUCGCGAAAGUUUUUGUGAUAAUCUAUUUGGUUCUGUUCGAUUAUAGAAAUGGCGGAAGACAUCGAUGUCGAAGCAAUGUUGGAAGCUCCCUAUAAAAAGGACACUUAUGAGGUAUUUUCUGGCAUUCGGCGACUUCCCACAAAAUCAGGAAGAGCUGAAUGGAAAGCCAAAGGAGAAUGGGGAUUCCCGAAAGGACAGAUACUCCGAGAGACGCAGCCGGAGCCGUUCCAAGGACAGAAAAAAGAGCAAACAUGAUUCGGACAAGAAGAGAAGCCGGAGUAAAGACAGGAAAAGAUCCAGAGACCUGAAAAGAUCCAAAUCGAGAGACAGAAUAUCCAGAUCUAGAGAUAGGAAGUCUAGGUCUAGAGACAGAAAAUCUAGAUCAAGGGACAGAACGUCUAAAUCGAGAGACAGACCGUCGAGAUCCAGAGAUAGAAGGUCUAGAUCCAGAGAUUUAAUAUCGAAAUCUAGAGAUCGACGUUCAAAAUCCAAGGAUAAAAGAUCAAAGUCAAGAGAUAGGGUACCAAGAAGAAGGUCUAGGUCGAGGGAUAAAAAAGCCAGUCCCAUAAGAGAUCGUCGCAGAAGAAGCUUCAGCAAAGACCGCAGGCGUAGAUCCCGUUCAAGGAAACGCAGCCCUUCGCUGCACAAGCCCCCGCCGUUCGGUCGGAAGAGGUCGCCGCUUCGCGCCAGGUCGGGUUCGCCGCUCGAAGAGUUAAGUCCCGAGGAGCGCGAUGCGCGCACCGUUUUUGCCAUGCAGCUGUCCCAGCGGAUCCGAGCUAGGGAUCUCGAGGAGUUCUUCAGCUCGGUCGGCAAAGUCAGAGACGUGAGGCUGAUCAUGUGCAACAAAACGCGGCGUUUCAAGGGCAUCGCCUACAUCGAGUUCAAGGAUCCCGAGAGCGUGGCGCUGGCAUUAGGAUUAUCCGGACAGAAACUACUGGGCGUUCCGAUAAUAGUACAACACACCCAGGCGGAGAAGAACCGUAUGGGCAAUUCCAUGCCGAACCUGAUGCCGAAAGGGAUGACGGGUCCGAUGAGACUUUACGUCGGUUCCUUACAUUUCAACAUCACCGAAGACAUGCUCCGGUCAAUUUUCGAACCAUUUGGGAAAAUCGAAAACAUACAGCUGAUAAUGGACCCGGAAACUGGACGAUCUAAGGGUUACGGUUUCGUUACCUAUCACAAUUGCGACGACGCCAAGAAGGCCCUGGAACAGUUGAACGGUUAUGAGCUAGCGGGAAGGCCGAUGAAAGUGGGCAACGUGACUGAAAGGAUGGAUCUGCAGCAGCAACAGGGUCCUUCGAUUCUGGAUUCGGACGAAUUGGACAGAUCGGGGAUAGACCUGGGCGCCACCGGCCGUCUUCAGUUGAUGUUCAAACUGGCCGAGGGGGCGGGGAUGCAGGUGCCCCAAGCGGCAGCUACAGCCCUCAGCAUGGCCACCGGCCAGCCGAUCGUGCCUCGCGUUCAGGCCCAGAGUACACCUCCCAUCGCCACCCAGUGCUUCAUGUUGAGCAACAUGUUCGACCCUUCAAGUGAGUCGAACCCGAAUUGGGAUGUGGAGAUUCGAGAUGAUGUGAUAGAAGAGUGCAACAAGCACGGCGGAGUACUGCACGCGUACGUGGAUAAAGGCUCGCCCCAGGGCAACGUCUACGUCAAAUGUAUAUCGAUUUCCACCGCAGUGGCGUCCGUGAAUUCUCUACACGGAAGGUGGUUUGCCGGGAGGGUCAUAACAGCGGCCUACGUGCCGUUAGUCAAUUACCACGCGCUGUUUCCGGAUGCUAUGACGAUGACGCAGUUGUUGACGCCGUCGAAUAGGAAAUAACUUGUACAUUUAGGCGAGUGAUGCUGAUCGAAUGUAUGUUGAGAACUAAUCAAUUAUUUUAAUAUUUUUCUUUCUCAAAGGAAAUGAUGGUCCAUCGAUUAUUGAAGGAUCACAUUUCAAGGACGCUGAAUUCGGGAGAGAAAUCGUUAUUUUCGGGAUAAUAAUUGAUUUAUAAUUAACACGAUGUAAAUUUUCUGUUGAUCGACAAGGAAAAUUUGAAAUAAUGUUUUUAUGUUUCCUGAGAUAUUUGGGUUACAAUUUUAUGGAUCCCCGUUUUGAAGAUUUGUAAAAAGUAGGUUAAUAAAUAUACAUAUAAAAAUCAAA